AUGACCAGCUCAGACAGGACCGUCCUGGUCCUGUACGGCUCCGAGACUGGCAAUGCCCAGGAUAUGGCCGAAGAGCUCGGCAAGCUGUGUCAGAGACUGCGCUUUACCAGCCGCGUCGAGGAGCUAGACAAUGUGAACUUGAAUGAACUCCUCCAGCAUCAGUUCGUCUUGUUUGUCAUCUCAACAACCGGACAGGGUGACAUGCCACACAACUCCCUCUUAUUUUGGAAGAAGCUGCUCCGCAAGAAGCUGCCGCAUGACUGUUUGGGCCAAAUGAAGUACUCGUGCGUUGGUCUCGGUGACAGCACCUAUCUCAAAUUCAACUGGGCAGCCAGAAAGCUUAUCCGGCGUCUUGACCAACUAGGGGCCUCUACAUUCAUUGAGCCGUGCGAAGCUGAUGAGCAAUUCCCAGAAGGUAUCGACGGAAGCUUUGUGCGCUGGGCAGAUGGCCUCCGCAAACAUCUAUUAAAGUACUACCCCGAUCCAAAGGGACGAGGUGCCGUACCCGAGAAUGAGAUGCUUCCUCCAAAAUGGUCAUUAGCACCCGCCAUCGACAAACGCGCCGAGGUCUCUAGAAAGUCUCAUUUCAAUGGGGACACCAAGAAACCACCCUCAACACCGCCACUCAACCAACUACCUCUCCCCUACGGAUUGCAAGCCACCCUCGUUGGAAACAAACGACUCACUCCCGAAGAGCACUGGCAAGAUGUACGCCUCGUGUCCUUUGACAUCCCCAGCUCGCUGCAAGUCAACCCAGGCGACUGUCUGACCAUUUAUCCCAAAAACUUCCCCGAAGACGUGCAAAAAGUCAUCACCCUGAUGGAAUGGGACGCCAUCGCCGACGACCCUCUCGAUUUAUCUCUUUGCUCCCUCCCUCCCACAUUAUGUCCUCCUUCCCCAUCUACCCUCCGCGACUUACUCUUGCACAACAUCGACAUCAACGCUGUGCCCCGGCGCUCGUUCCUCAAAAGCCUUUCCUACUUCUCCGACAACGAGGACCACAAGGAGCGCCUCCUCGAAUUCACAACGACCGAAUUUCUGGACGAAUACUUUGACUACGCCACCCGCUCCCGAAGAACCAUCAUCGAAGUCCUCGAAGAGUUCUACUCGGUCCGCGUUCCCCCUUCGCACCUCCUCGAAGUAUUCCCACUCAUCCGCGGCCGCGACUUUAGCAUUGCCAACGGCGGCAAGCACCUCACCCCGGCAUCCCCAUCUCCAGCCACGCGAAUAGAGCUCCUAGUUGCACUCGUCAAGUACCGCACCAUCCUGCGCAAGCCUCGAGAGGGCCUCUGCUCCCGCUACAUAACCCACCUGCCGCCCAGCACCCCCCUAACCGUCACUCUCAAACCUGUUCUGUCCCCCAUCCACGGCGCCGUAAAUGCCCAACGGCCGCUCAUAGCCAUGGCAACAGGCACAGGCGUCGCCCCCGUCCGCUCACUCAUCCACGAACGAAUGACGCACAAGUCCUCUGCCCCCAUGAUAUUGUUCUUCGGCAACCGUAACAAGGACGCAGAUUACUUCUUUGCCGAAGAAUGGAACGCACUCGCUGGAGACAAGCUUACUGUGUUUACGGCGUUUUCCAGAGACCAGCGGGAGAAGAUAUAUGUGCAGGAUUUGAUACGCAAGGAAGCUAAAUUGUUGGAGGGGUUGAUUUCGCAGAAGGCCAUCUUCGCUGUAUGUGGGGGCUCGACCAAGAUGGCAGAUGCAUGUAAACAUGCCGUUUUUGAUCCCUACAUCGAGGGUGGGGAUGAGGUGGAGAGGAAGCGUAUUUUGGAUGGCAUUACUUGGUGGCAGGAAAUCUGGUGA